CGCUUGUAUGAGAGUAAGAAGCUGAGAAGUUGAGAAGGGCGGGAGAAGAUAAGCAGGUGCAGGUAAUGGAAGCUCUUCUUACCACCACAACCCAAUUUACGGCCGCUCACUACCACCCUCUCUCAUCCACCUCAAGGCCGCCGCUGCCACCCCAUCACAUUAGAUCUUUCCUCUCUUUCUCUUCUACAUUGGCAGCAGCAGCAGAUAUCAAAACAAGUUCGACUACCCGUCUUCGAAGGAACUCUUCUCCUCUUCCUCUCAGAGUCUCUGCUAAUUCCCAAGCUGCCCCUGCUUCCGUAGAGACCUCUACGAUUUCUCCCACACCCUCUGAAAUGAAGGCUUGGGUUUACGGGGAAUAUGGAGGUGUCGAUGUUCUUAAAUUUGAUCCAAAAGUUUCCGUGCCUGAUGUUAAGGAGGACCAGGUUUUGAUCAAGGUUGUUGCUGCGGCUCUUAACCCGGUUGAUGGCAAGAGAAGACAGGGGAAAUUCAAGGCAACCGAUUCCCCUCUGCCUACUGUUCCAGGUUAUGAUGUUGCUGGUAUAGUGGUAAAGGCGGGCAGCCAAGUGCAGAGCCUAAAGGAGGGGGAUGAAGUAUAUGGGAAUAUCAAUGAGAAGGCUCUGGAAAACCCUAAACAGUUCGGCUCUUUUGCAGAAUAUACUGCUGUUGAGGAGAAACUCUUAGCACCAAAACCCAAGAAUCUGGAUUUUGCUCAGGCUGCUAGCCUUCCCCUUGCUGUUGAAACUGCAUAUGAAGGUCUUGAAAGAUCUGGAUUUUCUGCUGGGAAAUCUAUUCUUGUAUUGGGUGGUGCUGGUGGAGUUGGAACUCUGGUAAUCCAGCUAGCAAAGCAGGUAUUUGGUGCCUCAAAAGUUGCAGCUACAUCCAGCACAGGAAAACUUGAGCUGUUGAAGAGCUUGGGUGCAGAUUUGGCUAUUGACUAUACCAAAGAAAACUUUGAAGAUUUACCGGAGAAAUUUGAUGUGGUAUUUGAUGCAGUCGAAGGAAAAGUACCGAGAGAGAUGGGAGUGCUGAGAAGGCAGAUCGCUGCUGCCGAGAGUUGCAGUGGCGACCAGAGAAAGAGGGAAAUGCAAAGGGGUGAAGAAGACGGCGAUCUGAGAAAGAAACAGAUCUGGUUUGUUGUCGCCGCACAGUGAAGAAAACAGUGAAGGAUUGUUCCACCGCCGCCUCCUCUGUUCGAUCAGGGAAGGCAAUGAAUAGUAUCUGGUUUGUUGCCGCUGUCAAAAGGAAUGGAGACUGUUCGCUGUCGUCGCCGUCGCCGCUGGUCCGUGGUAAGGAGACUGUUCAUCGCUGGUUCGCCGCCACUGUUGAAAGGAAGGGGACUGUUCGCUGUCGUUGCUGUCACCGCUGGUCUGUGAUAAGGAGGUUCGUCGCCUUAUUCUAGUUGAAGAAGAAUAAGGCACAUCCCUUCAAAUGAUUUUCUCCGAAUCCUUGAUUUUGGGAUCUUGCAUCCCAUCUUUUUCUCAUCCCAUCCCCCUCUUUCCCUCAAAACAAAUAUGAAAAAAGAGAAUAUUUUUGGAAUAUUCCAAUGUGAAUGCAUUAAUAGGGUAUUUGAA